AGAGAGAGAGAGAGAGAGAGAGAAAGAGAGAAAAUCAUUGCGAGAUUAUGGCCCGAGGUCGUUUUAACGGGCGGCGAGCGACAGAUCCAGAUUUCGUGACCCAGUAAACUCAAAAUUCUUCGGGACUUUUGGAAAGAAGAGAUGCCUGCUCGUCGAUCGAUAAUUGGUCGAUCGUUAGCCGGAUACCUCGCCGCGAUAUGCAUCGUGUCACUACCGACGAGCCUCGCGCAAGUGGAAGGAAGAAAGUGCGUGUGCACGAGCAAAGCCUGCAAGGAAGCCGGCGUCGAUACUUGUAAAACGAGAUUCUUCUGUUACACCGAACGCAUUCUAACAACGGGACAAGAAAUCGGUGAAAGUACGGUCACAAGAGGAUGCACUGAGGGUGCCACGCCAUUGUUGUGCGAAACAAAGUCCUGGGUCACGAGGUCGCGAUCGGUCAACACCAUAGAACCACCGGCCAGUCCUCGGGUUCUCGUACCCUGGCCGAAAUUAAAAUGCUGCGACAACCGCGAUUACUGCAACGACGCCGAUGAUGACGAUGGCAACGGCGACGGCGAUGAUGUGGGAAAUACGAGCACGUGGAGAAAGACGCAGACAGAGCGGACGCGUUCCGCGAUGGGUCGCGAAAUGCUGGAUCAUGGCACAGUGAACCGUGAUGUAACACCGAUGAUGCAGCCUGAUCGAAAGUAUGACGAUUCGGCGGAAUCGAUCGAUGGACUUCUACGGGAUCGCGUUCGGGCGCUGCACGUUGCUGCCCUUGUCCUCGCCAUUGCGGCCCUCAUAUCCGUCCUGGCAUCCUGUUACGUUGUUACAAGAUUUCUAAAAAGCAAUCGUUAUGUGAUGGACACUGUAAAUUACUCGUGAAUAUGAUGUCGAGACUUAUUCAACAUUGUGAUUCUACAGUAUAAUUGUGGUCUCUCCUCCAAUGCGAUGAAAUUAGGAUAUAGGAUAACUGGAUACUGGGGCGGUCCCGAAGAAAAGAGCCACGUGACGGACGAUUCGGAGAUACGAGAACCGACGUACAUUUAACGAAGCUUCCUGAAGAGCAAACCAACUCCACCGCGUGCUCUGGCGUCCUUUGUUCUACAUCAUAUGACUAACGGGCGAUGUAGCUCGCAUUCUUCGCCGCCAUCGAGCGAGACCCCUCGAGGGACGCCCAGUGUAUGCCAGGUGAACCGGGCCCUACCGAUCCCGGCCCCCGGUUUCAACGUAAUUAGUCAUCCUCCUUCAGGUUGCUCGACACAUACACGUACACACAUCCUGUAAAACGAUCAAACGAUCAAAUAAACGACAGAGAAAUAAAACAUACGCGAAGCGCACCCGAAACGCUAUGUCAUCGUGAGAAAGAGAAAGAGCGGGGUUCUAUCUAACAUAAAUAAAUUGAUGAAGAGAGUAAUGUCAUAAGCAACGACGCGCGCGAGUACAGUGAAUCCUCUGUAAGUCUAGCCUGGCGUAAUCGCGCGUUGAGGUUGGCGUGCUGAAUAUGUAAAGCUACCAGAAGAUGUCAAGAAUGUAUGCGUCGCGGCUCUCAGUAUCUUAAAUACAUCAAGAAUCAUAUACUGUACGUAAAAUUGAAAACGCAUUGCACAUUUCGAAAGAGUAUGAUAUACUUUUUACAAAGUUUUAAAAGGAGAUCCUUACAUCGAUAUAAUUAAGGACAUAUGAAAAACUGAUACAUUUUCUUUGAAAUUUUAAGAUAUUAUUUUAAAAUCUUAUGAUAUAAGAAUACAGAGUAAUUAAUACUAUAUUGUACAAAGCGUUUUAUAUUGUAUGUCAAAUUAUAAAUUAUAGAAAUUAAUAUAUUUUGAUUGUGUAUGGUACGCAAUGUAAUAUCUAAUCCUUUAUCAGUCCUCCAUCUUUCUUGCCAUCUUCCGCUUGACUACAAUCUGAUACUAAAAUAAAUAAGACGAAAUUAUGUUAAUUAUGAUUAUUUUGUAUCUAAUGCAAAAAUUGAUCCAUCACGCUGUCAUUGUUAAAAAAAAACAAGACUGUUUAUCCUUAAAAUCUAAAGAAGCAUAUUAUACAUAUUACCAAUAAAUAAAAGCAAAAACGGACAUGCUUAUCACAACGAAAAAACGGAUAGCUAAUCUGCCUCUAUUUCAAACAAUGAUGUACCAAUCGUUUUAAAGUUUAAAGAAUCUCGUAUUUAGAUGAUGAAAACGUAGAAUUAUAGAACGAGAUAGGAAGCAACGGUGGCGAAGUAUGUAUACGACACGUGUAGAAAAAGAAUGUCUCUCCCGACAAACGACUGACGGGAAAAAGCAGGCAAAGACGCGUCGCGUCGCACCACUUUGGCGUCGUCGGGGAUCAGGCGCCACCGUGUCCUCCUCUGUCCGCAGCAGGGUCUCACCGACUUUCCGCCGACAAACCGUACGCACACUGUUUCACACGCUACCGAGGUACACAACACACACACACACACACACACACACACACACACACACACACACACAAAACACACAAGCGCCCGUCCCGGUAACGGCUGAUGCCGUCGUCGGAGAUGCUCGUUUGCUCGUGUAUACGACGGCCUCACGGUGUCGUUAAUGUAAGUGUGGCGUGCCGCGUGCCCUCCUUGGAAAAAUAAUCGAAUUCUAGUGCGCCGCGUCGGCUCGAUUAUCUUGACACGCGAAAUGCGAUAAACUUUCGCUAUCAAGUAUAUAGACGAAAAAUUUGAUCUUACGUAUGAAACGUACGAGAUAUAUCUCAUG